CGCCGCCUCCGCCCCGCGUUCGGGGCCUUCCUGACCCGGCGCCGCUGUCGUCCGCCCGCCCGCCUCCCCCAACCUCCUCGCCGCCCUCCUUCCCGCCGCGGGAGCCGCUCGGGGCGCAGGGCCGCGCGCCGAGCCCCGCUGGCUGCAGCGCCGCGGCCCGGCCCAGAGCACGGGCAAGUUCGCCAGGAGUUGAGGCGAAGUUUGGGCGGCCGAGCUCCCCUCUGCGCCCCCGGCGCCCCGCCGCGCCCAGCCCCGCCGGGGGCGCCUCUCUCCGCUCGCGCGCCCUCCCCAGCCAUGUCGUCCAUCCUGCCCUUCACCCCCCCGAUCGUGAAGCGCCUGCUGGGCUGGAAGAAGGGCGAACAGAACGGGCAGGAGGAGAAGUGGUGCGAGAAGGCGGUCAAGAGUUUGGUCAAGAAGCUCAAGAAGACGGGGCAGCUGGACGAACUGGAGAAGGCCAUCACCACGCAGAACGUCAACACCAAGUGCAUCACCAUCCCCAGGUCCCUGGAUGGCCGCCUGCAGGUGUCCCAUCGCAAGGGGCUCCCCCAUGUCAUCUACUGCCGCCUGUGGCGAUGGCCCGACCUGCACAGUCACCAUGAGCUACGGGCCAUGGAGCUGUGUGAGUUCGCCUUCAACAUGAAGAAGGACGAGGUCUGCGUGAAUCCCUACCACUACCAGAGGGUAGAGACCCCAGUUCUACCUCCUGUGCUGGUCCCACGCCACACAGAGAUCCCGGCCGAGUUCCCCCCGCUGGACGACUACAGCCAUUCCAUCCCCGAGAACACUAACUUCCCCGCGGGCAUCGAGCCCCAGAGCAAUAUUCCAGAAACCCCACCCCCUGGCUACCUGAGUGAAGAUGGAGAGACCAGUGACCACCAGAUGAACCACAGCAUGGAUGCAGGUUCUCCAAACCUAUCCCCGAACCCGAUGUCCCCAGCACACAAUAAUUUGGACCUGCAGCCUGUCACCUACUGCGAGCCGGCCUUCUGGUGCUCCAUCUCCUACUAUGAGCUGAACCAGCGCGUUGGGGAGACAUUCCAUGCCUCACAGCCCUCCAUGACAGUGGAUGGCUUCACCGACCCCUCCAACUCAGAGCGCUUCUGCCUGGGGCUGCUCUCCAACGUCAACAGGAACGCAGCCGUGGAGCUCACGCGGAGGCACAUUGGGCGAGGCGUGCGGCUGUACUACAUCGGAGGGGAGGUCUUCGCGGAGUGCCUCAGCGACAGCGCCAUCUUUGUCCAGUCUCCCAACUGUAACCAGCGCUACGGCUGGCACCCGGCCACUGUCUGCAAGAUCCCACCAGGGUGCAACCUGAAGAUCUUCAACAACCAGGAGUUUGCCGCCCUCCUGGCUCAGUCCGUCAACCAGGGCUUCGAGGCGGUCUACCAGUUGACGCGGAUGUGUACCAUCCGCAUGAGCUUCGUCAAAGGCUGGGGAGCAGAAUACAGGAGACAGACCGUGACCAGCACCCCCUGCUGGAUCGAGCUGCACCUGAAUGGGCCUUUGCAGUGGCUUGACAAGGUCCUCACCCAGAUGGGCUCCCCAAGCAUCCGCUGUUCCAGUGUGUCUUAGAGACGUUGGGUGUGAAGGGGGAGGGUGGGGGGAGGGCGGGCUUGGGGGGAAAAGGCCGCGUAGGAGGUGGAGAAAAUUGGAACUCAACUCACCAUUGUCAAUGAAGAAGAAAUUUUUCUCCCUCCAAUCAAAGCGGCCCCAACCUGUUUUCCAAAACGCAAAAGCAAAUCCAGAGAUGGAUUUUCUGAACAGCUGUGUCUGCCGAACCCAUUUGCCCUUUGGCCCCAACU